AUGAGAAUAGCUGUGAUUGGCCAGAGUGUAUUUGGUGCUGAAGUAUUUCGGCUCCUCCGUCAAAAUGGACAUGAAAUCGUCGGUGUGUUUACAAUUCCUGACGUCAAUGGAAAGGCAGAUCCACUUGCUGUUGCUGCAGAAAAGGAAGGUGUUCGAGUGUUUAAAUAUCCCAGAUGGCAAGUUAAAAAACAGGUAAUUCCAGAGAUCCUAGAGGAGUAUAAGAGUCUCAACCCAGAACUGAACGUGCUUCCAUUUUGCUCCCAGUUUAUCCCAAAUGAAGUUAUUCUCUUCCCGAAACAUGAAACAAUCAUCUACCAUCCUUCCAUUCUGCCAAGGCACAGAGGAGCAUCGGCAAUCAAUUGGACUCUGAUGUGUGGUGACAAGAAGGGAGGAUUCACCAUUUUCUGGGCUGAUGAUGGUCUGGAUACUGGGCCCAUCCUUCUAACAAAGACCACUUAUGUAGAUCCUAAUGAGACUGUGGAUUCUUUCUACAAUCGCUUCUGCUUUCCAGAGGGAAUUAAAGCCAUGGGUGAAGCCGUGGAGCUGAUAGCUACUGGUCGGGCUCCCAGAAUAGUUCAACCAGAAGAGGGAGCUACUUAUGAUGCAAUGAUCAAAAAGGACAAAGUGCAGAUCAAAUGGGACCAGCCAGCUCAAGAUAUUCACAACUUUAUUCGUGGAAAUGAUAAAGUUCCUGGAGCUUGGACUAAGAUCAAUGGAGAGAAAAUUACUUUCUUUGGUUCUCGCUUGUGGACCCGCUUGCCUCCAUAUGGUACAGAGGUUGUUGUUGAAGGAAUGAGCAGGCCAGCCAUUGUACAUAAAAGAGGAAUGAUUCUUUUUGGCAAUGAUGGGGGAAUGAUAAAUGUAAGUCAGAUCCAGCAUGAGAGUGGCAAAAUGAUUCCUGCCUCUAAAUUUGGAAAGGAGGAUGCUUCCACGCAGAAGCUAGAACUGACCCCAGAGGAAGAAAAGAUCAGUGAGAAACUUCAGGCUAUCUGGAAGGGAAUCUUGAACACAGACAUCGAUAACUCUUUGGAUUUCUUCAAGGCUGGAGCUGGCUCUAUGGAUGUUGUCAGACUUGUGGAGGAGAUAAAGGAGCAGUGUGAAGUGAAGAUUGCUGUGGAGGAUGUCUACAUGAACACUGUGUUUGAGGACCUGGUCGCUUGCGUCAUUAGAAGAGGUAGAGGCAUCGAGGACCAGGAACCUUUCACCUUUCAUGCUGUUGAAAUUACUGCUAACAAGAUCAACCUUAGGAUUCCCCACCAGCUGUUCAUUGACAAUGAAUUUAUAGAUGCAUCAGACGGCGCCACCUAUAACACUAUCAAUCCUGCCGAUGAAUCAGUAAUUUGUAAAGUGAGCAAGGCAACAAAAGAUGAUGUCAACAGAGCCGUGGAGGCAGCAAAGGAAGCUUUUGAAGAGGGCGAGUGGGGCAGGAUGAAUGCCAGAGACAGAGGGCGGCUAAUGUUCAGGCUGGCAGACCUGAUGGAGCAGCACCAGGAAGAGCUGGCAACUAUCGAGAGCCUCGACUCUGGAGCAGUCUAUACCCUGGCCCUGAAGACACACAUCGGCAUGUCUGUACAAACAUUCCGAUAUUUUGCUGGCUGGUGUGACAAGAUACAU